AUGUUCAAAGAGUUGGCCGUAUUGGUGGUUUUGUUUCAGUUAAAGCUUUUAAAGUCGGCAUUCUCUGGGAUACCUGGAAUUGAUGCAUCAUAUGUAAGUCCAUUCACUGUUGCCCAAGAUGUAGCAAAGGGCACAGCAUCUUUUUCUUAUUCCAUGUUACGAAACUAUAAAUUAUCGUAUGUAACGCUUACAUCAGAGGGAAAAAUGAAGAUCCUUUGGAAUGAUGGGAAACAUUGGAUGCUUCACUUUGAGGCUCCAACAAGCUCAUGUGAUCUGUAUGGAGCUUGCGGGCCUUUUGGUUUGUGUGUGAGAUCUAGAAACCCAAAGUGCAUAUGCUUGAAAGGGUUUGUACCAAAGUCAGAUGAGGAGUGGAGAAAAGGGAAUUGGACAAGUGGGUGUGUGAGACAUACGCACUUAACUUGCCAUACGAAUUCUUCUUCAAAAACACAUGGCAAAAAGACAGAUGGCUUCUACCAUAUGACCAAUGUAAAGACUCCAGAUCUGUACCAAUUGGCGGGCUUUCUCAGUGCAGAACAGUGCUACCAAGAUUGUCUUGGCAACUGUUCCUGCACAGCCUUUGCUUAUAUUAGUGGAAUUGGAUGCUUGGUAUGGAACCGAGAGCUGGUAGACACAGUUCAAUUUUUGUCUGAUGGGGAAUCUCUCUCCCUUCGUCUUGCAAGUUCGGAAUUGGCUGGAAGUAGUCGAACGAAGAUUAUUGUAGGUACUACUGCGAGCCUUUCCGUUUUCGUGAUCUUGGUCUUUGCCGCAAAUAAGUUCUGGAGAUACAGAAUAAAACAAAAUGAAACAAAUCCUAUGUUCAUCAACACUUCACAAGAUGCUUGGAAGAAGGAUAUGGAACCACAAGAUGUCACAGGUGUAAAUUUCUUUCCGAUGCAUACCAUACGUACUGCCACCAAUGACUUCAAUUCCUCAAAUAAACUUGGUCAAGGUGGAUUUGGUCCAGUAUAUAAGGGAAAUUUAGAAGACGGAAAAGAAAUAGCCGUUAAACGUCUUUCUAGCAGCUCUGGACAGGGUGCAGACGAGUUCAUGAAUGAAAUAAGAUUAAUCUCCAAACUGCAACAUAAAAACUUGGUUCGGCUUUUGGGAUGCAGCAUCGAAGGAGAAGAGAAACUAUUGGUUUAUGAGUUUUUGGUGAACAAAAGCCUCGACGUUUUCCUCUUUGAUUCAACUCUAAAGCUUGUGAUUGAUUGGCCAAAGAGGUUCAACAUCAUUCAAGGUAUUGCGCGUGGACUUCUCUAUCUCCACCGUGAUUCACGCCUCAGGGUAAUUCACCGAGACCUGAAGGUCAGCAACAUUCUUCUGGACGAGAAAAUGAUCCCAAAAAUAUCAGAUUUCGGAUUGGCUCGGAUGUUUCAGGGAACCCAAUGUCAGGAAAACACUCGCAGGGUUGUAGGAACUCUAGGAUACAUGGCUCCUGAGUAUGCAUGGACUGGAGUGUUCUCUGAGAAAUCAGACAUCUAUAGUUUCGGAGUUCUACUAUUAGAGAUCAUCACUGGAGAGAAGAUCUCAAGAUUCAACGAAGAAGGGAAAACUCUACUUGUAUAUGCAUGGGAAUCUUGGUGUGAGACCAAAGGAGUUGAUCUUCUUGAUCAAGAUCUUGCUGAUUCUUCUCGUCCAGCCGAAGUUGGGAGAUCUGUUCAGAUUGGUCUGCUCUGUAUCCAACACCAACCUUCAGAAAGACCCAACACACUCGAGUUGCUGUCUAUGCUCACCACAACAUCAGAUCUUCCAUUACCAAAACAACCCAUGUUUACAGUGAACAAUGAAGCAUUAUCUCCGUCUAAUGAUUUGAUCACCGUCAACGAGAUGACACAAUCUGUGAUCCAAGGGCGUUAAAGAAACUACGAGUGGAUUCAAAAAGUGUGGUUUGUUUGUUUCUCUUGUAAAAUAAAGUAACCAACUUUUUUUAUAUUUGUUUCCUUCCU